AUGGGGGGAGAAUCGCAUCGCAACAUGCCGGUGCCGGUAGCAAAGGACUACCCCAAGCUAGCUGAAGGCCCCGUCGGUCAGCAGAUUCACAGCAUUUACCAGAGUCGUUUGAGGCAGUUUUUCGAUGGCGGACAGUACAGAGGGCAGAAUCUUAUCGGCAAGCUCACCGAAGCCACCACGUCAGGUCCUGAGUGGAUCAAGCUCUCCGUAUACUCACCCCCAGACCUCUCACGUCCUUUGUUCAAAGAGGCAACGUCGCAUGAGUUCCACCCGACCAAGGUCGGCGAGUCCUUUGGCCCCAGUUGGUCGACACACUGGUUCAAGAUCCAGCUCACCCUCCCCGAGCACAUGCUAGACAAGGAACAUCUCGAGUUUGUGUGGGAUGCGGACAACGAGGGCUUGAUCUGGACCGAAGACGGUCACACUGUGCACGGACUGACGGGCGGAGGCGAGCGGACACAAUGGAUACUGCCCAAGGAGUUCCGAGAUGGCAAGGAGCAUACCUUUUACAUCGAGAUGGCUUGCAACGGCAUGUUUGGUAAUGCGCCUGGCGGAGACUCGAUUCAGCCCCCAAACCCAAACAAGUACUACAGGCUGCACACUGUCGAGGUCCAGGCGGUCAAUCUAGACGCGAGAGCCCUCUACUUUGACUUUUGGGAGAUUUCCGACGCAGCCCGCGAAUUUCCCUCAGACUCGACCCAGAUCCACGAUGCCCAGCAGGUCUGCAAUCGAAUCAUGGACACAUUUAUUGCUGGCAAUGGAAGUCGAGAGAGUAUCCGGGCGGCCCGAAAGAUCGCCGCCGAGUACAUUGGUAACGACGUCGAUUCGCACAAGGUGUACGAAACAGACCAGGAGGCUAUUGUACACGGCAUUGGGUACUGCCACAUCGACACGUGUUGGUUGUGGCCUUUUGAUGAAACCAAGCGCAAAGUCAACCGAUCCUGGUCGAACCAGUGCGAUCUCAUUGACCGAUACCCUGAGCUACGCUUCUGCUGCUCCCAGCCACAGCAGUACAAAUGGCUGGAGCAGUACUACCCAUCCACGUUCGACCGCGUCAAGAAGAAGGUCAAGGAAGGUAGCUUCCAGCCUAUCGGCGGUAGCUGGAUCGAGCAUGACACCAACUUGCCCGGUGGAGAGUCCCUCAUCAGGCAGUUCCUGUACGGCCAACGUUACUUUGAAAGUAGAUUUGGCCAACGAUGCCGCACGUUUUGGCUGCCAGACACUUUCGGAUACUCCACGCAGCUACCCCAGAUCUGCCGUAUUUCGGGCAUGACUCGUUUCCUGACCCAAAAACUGAGUUGGAAUAACAUCAACACCUUUCCCCACACUACUUUCAAUUGGGUUGCCCUCGAUAACAGCCAGGUUAUCUGCCACAUGCCGCCCUCCGAGACAUACACUGGCGAGGCCAACUUUGGAGAUGUGAAACGCAGCGUAACGCAACACAAGUCUCUUGACCAGGACAAAUCAUCGCUGCUCAUCUUUGGAAAGGGAGAUGGAGGUGGUGGCCCAACAUGGCAGCACCUCGAAAAGCUCAGGAGAUGCCGUGGCAUGAGCGACACCGCUGGUCUGCUUCCUCGCCUCAAGCUUGGUGACUCUGCAGACGACUUCUUUGACCGUCUGGAGAAGAAUGUCGAGAACGGCACUAAACUAGUUACGUGGUAUGGCGAACUAUACUUUGAGCUCCACCGCGGAACGUACACGACGCAGGCAAACAACAAGCGCAACAACCGCAAGUCUGAGAUUAUGCUGAGGGACAUUGAAUAUCUUGCGACCUUGGCCACGAUCAAGAGUGGCUUUGGAAAGAAGACUCCAUACAUGUAUCCCAAGAAGGAACUUGAUGAUAUGUGGGAAGACGUGCUGCUGUGCCAGUUCCACGACUGCCUGCCUGGAAGUUCGAUUGAGAUUUGUUACGAUGAUUCCGAUCGCAUCUAUGCCAAUGUGUUUGCCACUGGAGAGAGAUUGCUUUCCGACGCACUGGCUGAGCUCGGCUUCGGUGACGAGACCACUUGGAACGAAGACACCAAGCUUAUGGCUCUCAACACCUUGCCAUGGAACCGCACUGAGAUUAUCAAACUACCCAGUACCGCAAGUCAAUCGAGAUACGGUUUGGGUGAGACCAGAUACGGUCUCGCUCACCGUGACGGAUCUCAAAAGGGCUUGGGCGCUCUGGAGAUUCGCCCCCUUACUUCAGAUCACCCCGCCCAUACGGCAUCUAUCAAGCAGGUUGACUUCAAUGUUUACGAAAUGCGCAACAGCCAAUUUGUGGUGCAAGUCACUGAUGGCACCAUUACUUCGCUCUAUGACAACCACGCGCAACGCGAACUAAUUCCAAAGGGAGCCAAGGCCGCUCAAUAUGUCAUCUUCGAUGACAAGCCUCUUUACUGGCAGGCCUGGGACGUGGAAGUCUACCAUCUAGAGUCACGGAAGGAACUCGAAGCGAACAAGGUCACUGUAACAGAAAACAGUCCGUACCGCGUAAGCCUGCAAAUCGAGACGCAGAUCUCAGACAAGUCGUGGAUCAAGACGACGAUGAGCUUGCCGGCAGUCAGCACCGCUGCAUCCGCCAUUGAGUUUGAUGCUGAAAUCGAAUGGCACGAGACGAUGAGGUUCCUCAAGGUCGAGUUCCCCGUCGACAUUGUCAACACAGAGGCCAGCUACGAAACGCAAUUCGGCAUUGUGCGCCGACCUACCCACUACAACACGUCGUGGGACAUGGCCAAGUUCGAGGUCUGCUGCCACAAAUGGGCGGACCUCUCCGAGGCCACAUACGGCAUAUCCAUUCUCAACGACAACAAGUACGGCUUCGCCACAGUCGGAAACGUCAUGCGUCUUUCCCUGCUGCGUGCCCCCAAGGCACCCGACGGCCACGCCGACAUGGGAACCCACCAGACGCGCUACGCCAUGUUCCCGCACACGGGCGGCCUGGACCAGCGCACCGUCCGCAAAGCCUUUGAAUUCAACAACCCGCUCAAAAUCGUCGGACACAACGCCGCGCAGCCCACGCCGCUCUCCGCCGCUCUCCUCAACCCCUUCCACAUCUACAGCGCAGACAACCUCGUCCUCGACACCAUCAAACGCGGCGAAGACGACGAGGACGUUUCCCGCGGCGAACUCCCCGUCAAACCAGGCCACUGCGUUAUCCUGCGCGUCUACGACUCGCUCGGCGGAAAGAGCAGAGGCCUGCUUACAUGGGGCGACCUCAAAGUCAAGCGCGUCGUUAAAGUCAAUGCGCUUGAGGACGAGUAUGACGAUGGCAAGAGUGAGCUGCAAAUUGGCGUGUUUGCUACGGGCGAGGGAGACGAUGAGCAGGAGGGUGUCCAAAUUGACGUUAGGGCGUUUGAAGUGGCGAGUUACAAGGUUGUGCUUGCGUGAGGCUGUGAAGAAAAAGGUACCUCUCUUUUUUUUUUCAUAACACUCGGUAGGUGGCCUUGGUGCUCGUGCUCGUGCUGGUGGGAAAGAGAAAUCAAAGGGAGAAAAAAAAUGAAUAAAAGAAGAAGAAUUUUUCGUGGAGUUAUUCAUGGUCGCGAUGCUUUUGGGGUUUGGGGUUGGGGUAGGGGUUUACAGAUUGUGGGCCAAAUAAGGGAACAGAUAUAUACUUGCUUUCGAG